AUGACGUCCGAUGCUGGUCUUGCCAACAGCAGCUGUAUCAGGUCAAAUGUUGUGGCAGGUGGUACUAAAGUUAUGACAACCAAGACAAACUCGGAUAACAAACGUGAUCUCCUGAAAGCUUCGAUAGGAUCCGAUUUCAUUGGAUUAGGAGCCGGUUACCGCCCAGCACCAAAUAAACUCAACGCCAACAAAGCGAUGUGA